ACUGAUGCAGGAGUAAAGACGGCAAGCAGUCGUGAAUGUUAAACACAUAGACGCCGACUUAUACGUUUAAAAAUCUUGCGAGUAAAUGGGAUUCAACGUCUUCCGAACAGAAUGUAAAGAAUUCCUUGAAGGAUGUGGGGAAUUAAAGGCUCGUGCGCUGCGCGGUUAUUGUUGUUUUUGGCUUAUAUCUCCGUAUCCUCGGUUAAUGCCGACAGUUUAUCUGCUCCGCUCAAUGUGACCAUCAAAGCACUGGAGGGGAACUCGGCCAUAGUGACAUGGGACAUUCUGGAGGGAGACCCAGCCAUUGGGUUCGCCAUCACCCAGCAGAAAAAGGACGUUCGUAUGCUGCGAUUCAUCCAGGAAGUGAACACUACCACUCGUUCAUGUGCAUUAUGGGACUUGGAGGAAGACACAGAGUACAUUGUCCAUGUGCAGUCCAUUAGCAUGAGCGGCACCAGCCCCCUGAGUGAACCUGUUCUGUUCCGCACUCCUAAAGAGUCCGAGAAACUGGCCUCCAAAAGCCCAGAUGAAGUGACCAUGGAGGAGGUUGGCCAGGCCGCCCAGCUCAGGGCUGGAGAGCUCAUUAUCAUCGUGGUGGUUCUCGUCAUGUGGGCAGGUGUGAUAGCUCUGUUCUGCCGCCAGUAUGACAUCAUCAAAGACAAUGAGCCCAACAAUAACAAGGACAAAGCCAAGAACUCGUCAGAGUGCAGUACCCCAGAGCACCCUACGGGGGGACUACUGCGCAGCAAGGUCUAAUUACGCCUUCCUCUGUCGGCAAUAAUAGGCUUUAGCCUCAGGACAGGUAUGUUCACUUGUUUGUGUGCUUGCU